AUGAGUGGUGCUGAUGAUGGGAAAGAUAAAACGGAUACAACAUCGUUUGAGGCUAUUCUUGCCGGGGUUAAACGUUUAAGAGAACAAGAUCAAAAUAAAGAUGCAAAGCAAGGCUCCGAAAAACUCAAAAUUCCGUUGAAACGGUUGCCUAAAAGAUCCCUUCCUACCCCCAAAUCCGACCAAAUCCAGAAUGUUAAAACUACAGAAGAUGCUGCUCCCGUAUCGUCUGCUCCCGUAACAUCUACUACUACAAGCAAAGUCAUUCGCAUGGAUAAUACCCCUUCAAAUUUAGCUAUAAGACAUCAAAAGAAAACAGGAAAGACAACCUUUAACAGCAUUCAAGUCAACAAGUCGCAAACCGGUAACCCAUUGCUGAAACAUUUGAAGACAGUUUCUUGGGAAUUCAGCAGCAACAUCAAGCAGGUAGACUAUCUAGUAAAUUCCCAGACAUUUGUUUUAUUUCUGUCUUUGAAAUACCAUAAGUUACAUCCCGAGUAUAUCAUGAAUAAGAUCAAGUCGAUGAAUGGAAACGAUACCUCUUUUACCAACAACAAUUUGAAACUGUUGCUGGUGGUCGUCGAUAUCGACUCUCAUGAGGAUAUUUUGAGAGAAUUAACCAAAACUUGCGUCAAUAACGAUCUUAGUUUGGUACUGUCCUGGUCCUUUGAAGAAGCUGCAAAUUAUAUUGUCUACCUGAAACAAUACGAAUUGAGUGACCUAUCAGAGUCAACUUUGAUUAAUAACAGCAAGCAAGACUCUUCGAGUUACAACAGUCUUGUCAAAUCCGUUACCUCUAUAAGAAAUAUCACUAAAACAGAUGCGGUAAACUUGAUAUCUGAGUUUGGAAGUUUGCGAGAAUUGGUAAAUGCUAAUCCGGAGUCAAUGUCUGCGGUUCAAGGAAUGGGUGAUAUUAAGGUGAAUAGAUGGGCCAGUGUUGUUGAAGACCAGUUCGUGUUAAACAAAGAGUAUACUUGA